UCCAGCAUUUUGUAUGUUACUCAGGAUUACCAACAUGGUCACUUGCUACAAUGUAUCAUGAGCACAAGAAAGUCUGCAAACGGACUUUAGAGAGGGGCCAACCAUAAAGAAGAGAUGGAGGGAAGUCAGCACACUGCUCUUGUUAAAAUCAGCGAAGAGAAAUUCAUUUCAAAGUCAGAACUGUUAAUGCUUCUGAAGACCUACAACUGCUACCAAGAAGGGAAGAGUUUCCAGUUAAGGCAUAAAGAGGAUGAUGCAGAAUUGAUCAUUGAGGGGCUGCUAAACAUAUCAUGGGGCCUGAGAAGACCGAUACGGCUUCAGAUGCAGGAUGACAAUGAGCGCAUCCAUUUCUCCAGCUCCAAGUUGCUCCGUCCAGAGCUGGACAACAGCUCUCACAGAAAAGGAACUAUGUCGCGCAUCUUGAUAAAUACCAGUUUGUCUGAAGCUGAAAGUGAGUCGACUAGUAAGGAUGAUUUUCCACCAGACGUGAUGGGCGACACCAUUCCAGAGCCCUGUAGCACCGCCUGUGAGGAUGAAGUCCCUCAGCUCAUGCGGACAAAGAGUGAUGCAAGUUGUUUGAUCCAGCGUAGAAUAAAAUAUCACACACCAGGAGAGAACCAGCGAAUAAAACGGCACCGGUUCUCCAUCAACGGGCACUUCUAUAAUCACAAGACAUCGGUGUUUACCCCUGCCUAUGGGUCAGUGACCAAUGUCCGAGUGAAUAGCAGCAUGAACACCUCACAGGUCCUGACUCUGCUGCUCAAUAAAUUUCGGGUGGAGAAUGUUCCAGAUGAAUUUGCACUCUAUGUCGUCCAUGAAAGUGGAGAAAGAACAAAAUUAAAGGAUUCGGAAUACCCCCUUAUAGCACGGAUCCUGCACGGUCCAUGUGAGAAAAUCGCACGCAUCUUCUUGAUGGAGAAGGAUCUCGGUGAAGAGGUCACAUAUGAUGUUGCGCAGUACAUUAAGUUUGAAAUGCCAGUCCUUGAUAGCUUUGUUGAGAAACUGAAGGAAGAAGAGGAGAGAGAAAUAAACAAACUCACACUGAAGUACAGUGCUUUGAGAUCUAUGAUACAUCAGCAACUGGAAGAUCUAACAGAUUCAGAAGACUAUAUCUGAGCGAGCUCCAUCUCCUGCAACUCUGCAACCCCAGCAACCAGUUUGGAUAAGGUCUUCGCAACAAUAAACCAGUGGAUAGACAAGAUUCAUGCCUUCAAUUUGUUUAAAAUCACUGUGCCCUUUUGUAAAAAUGUGACUAUUACAAUCAGAACUUUUUCUAUUAAAUGUUCAUUGAAUUAGCAUUUAUUAAUGUGUAAUGCUUCAGAAAAACACUUUUAUACUUUAAGCAUUGCCUAAUUUAGCAGAACAACACACAAAAUGCUGGAGAAACUCAGCAAGUCAGGAUGCCUGUUGUUAGUUUCUCCAGCAUUUUACAUUAUUUUAUUUAGAGAUACAGCACAGAACCAACCCAAUGAGCCACACCGCCCAGCAACCCACCUAUUUAACCCUAGCCUAAUCACAGGACAAUAUACAUUGACCAAUUAACCUAGUAACCAGUACGUCUUUGGACUGUGGGAGGAAAUGAGAGCACCCAGAGGAAACCCACAUGGUCAUGGGAAGAAUGUGCAAACUCCUCUCAGACAGUGCCGGAUUUGAGCUCUGAACUCUGUCACCCCGAGUUGUAAUUGCAUUGUGUUAACCUCAACGCUACCAUAGUGCCCACUUUUGUGUCUGUUCCUCUGGAUUUUCAGCAUCUGCAGAAACUCUCGUGUUACUAAUUUAUUAUUAGACAUGCUAAAUUAAGUUUUAAGAGUGGACAUGUAAUUCAAGUGGAAUAUUUUGUUGGGAUGUUCUGUUAACAUGAGGCACUGUAUUGUUAGUCUUUUGUGAUCCGGGUAAGUUUCAAUAAGUCUGUACAACUGAAUGCCUCGCAUUUAUUGGGUAAAGAUUAUACUAUUUUGUCAUCAUGUAACAGUAAUAAUUAACUAAUAUAUGAUAAAUUGUAUUAUGUUAACCAUGUUUUUUAGUUGUACAAAUUUCAAUAUUUAAAUAACUUGAUUGUUGUUAAAUGCCAUCGAGUCAUCGACUCAUGGUGACCCUAUGGAUAACUAUCAUAAAUGAGUAUCGAUCCUUGCAAAGGUGGCUCAUUGUAGAUAACAUUGUUGUCCUUAUUGUGUCUGUCCAUCUGAUUGGCAGCCUUCCUCCCUUCCAUUUUCCUUCCACCUUGCCGAGCAUGGUGUUCUUUUCCAGGAAGCCGUUUCUUCGCAUGAUGUACUCAAAGUACAGUAGGUGGAGCCGCCAGAGAGAAAUGGUUUGAUCUCGUUGAGGAUCAAUUUGUUUGUUCUGUGAGAGGUCCACAAAGUGAGUAGUAUUUUUCUCCAGUACCACAGUUCAAAGACAUCAGUACGCUUCCUAUCCUUCUUCUGCACCAUCCAACUUCCAUACAUUGUCAUUGAGAACACCAUCGCCUGCACAAGUCAAAUAGUUGUACAUAGAGAUAGAUUCCUGUUCCUGAGGAUCGUCUCUAAAUCCUUCAUGACUGCUCUACCAAGGGCGAAUCUUUGUUGGAUUUCUUGACUCCUUAUCACUUUGGUGUUAAUCAUUGAUCCAAGUAAAUUGAAACUGUCAACCAUUUCAACUUCCUCUCCAUUGAGAUUGAAAUUGAUAGUGCAGCCAGUAGUCAGAAUCUUAGUCUUCUCCAGGCUAAGGUGCAGACCCAUCUCGAGGCUAUGUUCCUUGAUGUUGGUUAGCAGUUGCUUCAAUUCUUUUAAAGA